CGGUUAGUGAGGAUAUUUUUUUAUAAUGUUUGAAAAUCCGUGUUUAUGUUUGAAAUGCACAGUCUUCUUUUCACAACGUGUUGAACUGUUGAAUUACGAACCGUUUAUUAUACUGUACAAGGCUAACUCGCUACUUCCGGAUCUGAGCGAUCAUGGCGUCGGAGGGACGAGGUGUGUCCAUAGAGGACCAGGCAGAUGAUGGGACCCACCAGACGCCCACCACCCUGACUGACACACCGGGUCCCGGUACGGAGGCGGGGGCGUCAGCUGACCCUAAUAGUGGUGAAGACAUACUGAAAGCCACAGCAGAAUCUACAGGAGGGGACGAGGAUGGACUCAAACUGUGCCAGUUUUUCCUCAGGGGAAAGUGUCGUUUUGGCCCCAGAUGUCGUUUAUCACACAGUGAGCCAUCAGUGGAUGAAUCAGGGGCUUUGUCUGCUGACAUGGAUGACAAAGACGAUGGAGAAAAUACAGAUACACACAAGAAGAAAAAAAGCAGCGCCAACAAAGUGACAAAACCAAAAUGCGACGAAGGAGGAGCAGAGGCGAACAAAAAGCCUCGCAUGCGAACGGCAGAUGACGUGAUCUCCCGGAUCUUGUGGGACUCGUCGGUGGAUGCGUCAGACUUCGUGGUGGGCUACGUGGAUCGCUUCCUUGGUGUGCUGGAGCGCCCCUUCUGUGAUUUCAACUGGGACACCAACCCCUGUGACUGCGAUUACACCACUGAGCUGGCCCUGCCCAGACACAGGAUCCAGUACUUCACCUACAGAGGGCACCGCAUCUGGGACCGCCACAGCAGGACCGACAGGGUUUUUGGCUCCACCGGCCAAUCUCUGGCUCCCCCCUUUGGAAAGGAGGAGGAAGUAAAGGCAGAACUAAACGCAAGUGACCCGGAGCAGCAACGCGACCGCCUCGAAACAACAGAAGUGCAGCCACCUGCUGUCAGUGGGCAGGAUGAGAGCGAAACAAAGGAGUGUACUCAUACCGAGAACACACAUCUGGAGGAAGAGAAGCAGGAUGAGAAGAAUAAUCACACCCCGGACUCCACACAUCCAGCUCCAGAGCGUGGAGGAAGCACUUCUCAGGGACAACAGGAGUCAUGUGUUGCGGAGGAGGCUGCGAGGCUUCAGUCUUCUGCCGACCAAAGCUCCUCUUCCCUAAAAGAGAAGGGUGAGGAGGAGACUUCGGAAGAAUGGGAAGAAACCUGGGAGGGCCACGAAGAUUCUGUGAGUUUUCACGGAGUGGCACAAAUCGUCCACAGUCCACCUGCACUUCCGAAGAAGGGAGAAGGGAAGUGCGGUGGUCGCCCUCCCAAAAGACAACCCACGCACUUCAUCACCUUCAGGGCCAACACUCGUGCCGUCCUCUCCUCUUUCCAGCAGCUUCAGAAGGAGAUCAUCGCCCUUCUGCCCUCCUCCGCUCCUCACUGGCAGCCCGCCUCCAGCCUCCACGUCACCCUGUGCCUCCUGGUGCUGCCCACCGAAGCUGAGGUGGCCGCCGCUGCGGACGUCCUCCGAAAAUUCGCCCAUUUGGAUCGCAACCCUCCGGUGGCCGUGACCUUUCCCGUGAGGCUGAAACAUUUCAACGGGAGGGUGCUGUUCCUGAGUCCCCAGCCUCAGCUCUCCCUCCAGCAGCUCAACGGCGGCCUGCAGGAGGCCUACAGGAAGGAGGGCUGGCUCCACAAGCACUCCUACAACCCGCGCUACCACCUCACUCUGGCCAAGAUGAAGGACGCCGAAGGAGAGAGAGUUUUCGAAAGGGUCUCGGACCUGAAGGUGGGGAAGGGUUUAAAUUUUGGCCGCCUGCCAGUGAACACCUUACACCUUUGUGCCAUGGGUUUUUCAGAGAGAGAUGGUUUUUAUGAGACCGUGUGCACAGUGACACUUCGAUGAAAAUCAUUUUAGCAGCAUGUUUUCUGUGUUCUUAGAGAAGUGCAAUGGUACCCUCAACUAGCGAAGUAGACGCCUGUGUUUUAACUUUUUAAAUGUUUGUUCUGAUGAAAUGCACUUUUGAAUAAGCACUUUUUUUAUGUGCGAAAUUCAGUUCCACUGAAAUUAUAAUGCGAUUGUACUGAUUAGUGUUUUUCGUAAUCAAUGCAUUUUAAUCUGCGUCAUAUCUCAUGUUGAUGACAGACAAUGAAGCCAAAUACUAUAGAUGCAGAAAUAUCUGAAAGUGCAGCUCUACAACAUUAACUUGAUUGUUUUUCACGUUAUAAUUUAGAGCUUCUUAUUUUCUGGCUCUAGCUUAUAGAGACUCAUUUUAAACGGAGACGUUUUAAAAUCAGACCAGCUAUAGAAGCUGUAAUCCUCAGGGCAGUGACGCAGGUUCGUUUCCAGCCUCCACACUAGUCAUCCCCUUUCUCUCACUCAGUUACUUUGUGUGUAUCUGUCCACUAACAAAUAUCAAAUGUAAGCAUAAAAAGUAAAAAAAAAAAAACAUUAUUAGUCACUACAGAAUGUUACUUUCUUGUUCUUAUGGGAGAGACAACUUCAUGAUUGUAUGUGUUUUAGCAAUUUUAUAAUGAUAAUUUUAUAAUGUAAAUAAUUAUUUCUGUUGCACUUUUCGAAUCAACAUCACAAAGUCGUUAGCAAGAUAAAAUAAAUUGCAGGCCCUUAAAACAAGCGUAAUAAAAACAGUAAAACAUGCACAAUUUAAAACUCCAAGAAAAGGCUCUACAAUAAAUGUAUGUUUCAAGAAGAGAUUUAAAAAUCACAGAGUCAGCUGACCUGAUUUCUUCAGGCACGGCCAUGGAGCCACGGGACCGUUCACAGGACAAACUGUGAACAUGCCCGGUUCCUUUUAGUUUUCAACUGGACCCCUGGACAGUAGAGCUCUGCCUGAGGAUGUCACGGUGGCAUGUGUGGUGCCAAAGGGUCAAAGGUUAUGUAGCCAGGGGCAGGGCCAUGAAGAGCUUUUUCUUAAAAUCAACUCUAAAACAUACCGGGAGCUAAUGGAGUCCUGUUAAAACCAGAGUGAUACCAUCCCUUUUGCUGGUUCUUCUUAAAAGCUGGCAGCUGACUUUUGUGCCGUCUGAAGUUGUGUGAUUGAGACGGGUAGAAUCCAGACGUGAUGAAAUACGCGUAGCCGCAUGUAAAACAGUCUCUGUGUCUUUAAAAGACAAAUGUUGCCGGAUGUUUCUAAAGGAGGUGAAAACAGGAUCGGACCAGCUUAGUAAUGUGUGUGUGUGUGUGUGUAGAACCAGACACCCAGAUUUCUUACAUCAGGACUGAGUGUGUUGUCAAGGGAACCAGUCAGGGGUAAAUCUUGUUUUGUCAACUGCUGUGAUCCAGUCACAAGUAUUUCAGUCUGGUCCAAGUGCAGCUGUACGAAGCUGUAACUCUUCCAGUUUUUAAUGUCACAAAGGCAGCUUUUUAAAGUCCUCAGAUCGACCCGUUCGUUAACACCUGAGGGUCAUCAGGCGUCCAGUCCUGGUUUUUAUCAGUGGGUUCACACAUGCAGUUUUAAAGUGGCCAGGGACACAGCCAGCAGACAGACAAUCUGUUAAAAAUGAACACUAAAGAGGGGCCAACACAUUUUAUGACUUUAUUUAUAGAAAACAUCUGAGGUAGAAAGUAAAUCAGCUGCUAAUCAAAGCUAUUAGUUUCUGCAGCAGCAGCUUAGUUACAGUAAAAAACACUAAGAACUGACAACUCAGAUUCUCAGACUGUUGUGUCAUGAUUUUUGUUUACAGUUAUUGUAAAGAACGAUGUAAUCUGUCAUUUUACUUCAUCUUACGCAAAAUAUAAUCAAAUGUUAGGUUUAAUGAGACGAACUGGGUGAACGGGAACCAACUUGUCAUCGUCCUUAACUUUUCCUGAUGCACUAUUGGAGACAGGACGUUAUGCUUAGGCUGUAAAGUCUUAUGUAGGAUGCAUGCGCUCUUAAUUGUUGUUUCUUUUUUAAGCGAGAAGUUUUCUGCAGCUCAGCAUCUCGUGAUUAAUCCAUUUUAUAUGAAUAUUGUAUGGACUGUUUGUAUUCCUUACGAUGAGUUAUAACCACAAGAUUGUUGUGGACAUUAAAUAUUGAAGCGGCUA